CCGCCCCUCAUGACCAGCACUUAUAAAUAAUGGAGAUGUGCCUCUAGAGAAAGAAGGAAGGAGUUCACUAGUUGAGCAGAACAUAUGUCAGUGUUUCUCCUCAAUGCAGUUGGGGGGCCUCCGCCUGCUGAAUGAACCCUGUUAGCGUUGGGCAGUACCAUGGGCUACGGGUGGGCUCGGCCCUGCUCGGCAUUGUGGCAGGCUGCAUCAUCAUUGGUGUGUCCAGGGAGUGUGAUGCUGAUGCUGUGGGAGGCAUCUUCCUGGGAGCAGGGGGCCUCGGCCUUCUCAUAUCGAUAUACCCCUUCGUAAAAGCCUGGUUGAACAUCAACCAUAUUCUUCCUUCCUUUGGAAACUUCAGAGUGCACCCCACGGCUGCCAAUCCUGCUCCGGAGCAACCCAUAGAAGCGCUCAGACGAGAAGGGACUCAAAGUCAACUAAAUCUGGAACGUUGUAAGAGUCGUAUGGGAACCUUUGUGGAAGGUGGACCGAUGGCAGAGGCCAACCCAGAUGAGGGGACGUCUUCAGACCUGCCAGACGUCUUAUCUAGGCGGAAACAGAAACAAUCCCCCUCUGAUCAAGACCUGCCUUGAUGUCCUCACAUGAUCUCACUAACCUUCCCUGUUCAUCUUCUU